AUCCCCCGGGACCCUCUACCCAGGUCUGGGCGCCCCUCUCGAAAGCCAGCCUUUCGACUUAGAGGCUGUGUGGUCGGGUGACCCUUCUCAAGAGGUGGAGACCUCCUCCUCAGGGUGUGGACCCUCCUACAGGGUGGGACAGCCACCCACCUACCCCCCUCCAAAACCCUCUUUUCCAGGAACUCCUCCUAGGGUCUGGGCGCGCCCCCCCCCCUCCAGAGCCGGGACGCCCUCGACCUAGAGGCUAUCCUGUGGGGAGCCCCCCCUAUAUGGAGUCUGGGGGAAUCCCUUGGUGGAACUGGGAGUUCCUCCUCUCUGGACCCUAGGAUGCCACGUUAGCCCCAGGCCUGGUGUCUCUGAUUCCCAGAGAAGGCCCCUGUCUCACGCCCUGCCAGUGCCCCUUACCAGUUUUUACAGGAAGGGUUGUUCGCUGGGUUGGGGGUUCUGGUGGUGUUUGCAGGUGAGCAGGUGGGACUGCAUCCCAGGCAGGGAGAAGACUUGGGGUGGGGUCAGAUCAGGCUGGGAGUCUUAGGUGUUGGGCAUGUCCCUACCUUGCUCUGAACCUCAGUCCCCCACCCUCAGGCCAUACAGCCAGUCGGGAGCAGAACAGGGCCAACAGAAAGAGUAAGUCUGUGCCCCAGCACCGUGCUAUGUGGCUGAGGAGGGUGUUGGCCUCUCUGGGCUGCCCUGGCCACCUCCUCUUGGGGAAGGCAGACCUCACCAUACCCAUCUGCAAGAUGGGCGGAAGCAGGAAGCAGCUCGAACCUGGCUCCCCCCCGCAGCCCCCUUUUUUCCAGCAGUGCACACACUAGAUGCUUUGCCUACAGGCUUGCAAACUUGUCCCAACGGCCCCCAGGUGUGGGGGCCUGAGCAGCUGUGGAAACCGAGGCAUAGCCGGCAAGGGGUGAGGCAGGAAGGGGCCCUGUAGUCACUUCCCUUUCCCUGUGACUCGAGGGAAAUUGGGGCUGGUCUCACCCUAGAGUCCUCCUGGUCCCACUCACUGGUAGCUUCCUUAAGAUACUGGAGGGGUGAAGCUUGUGGAGUUGCUGUGUGACCUCUAGUGAGGCCCUGCCCCUCUCUGGGCCUCUGGGGACCCAUCUGUGAAACGGACUGAGGGCACUGGCUCAGAAUGAGCCUUCCUGGGACUACCCUGGCCGUCCAGUGGUUAAGACUCUGGGCUUCCACUGCAGGGGGCGAGGGUUCCAUCCCUGGUUGGGGAACUAAGAUCCCUCGAGCCAAGUGCGGUGUGGCCAAAAAAAAAAAAAAAAAAAAAACCAAACCAAACAAAAAACCCAAAAGAGCCUUCCCAUCCCCCCAGGGUCACUCCAUUCCCCACCUCCUCCUGGGCUUAUAGCCUCCUGUCCUCUUUCUAGGCUCUAUUUGGCCCCUUAUUUCAGCCCCAGAGCCCCCUCCUCCGGGUACCCCCCCCCCCAGGGUGAUCACUGAGUGUACAGCCUCUACCCCUCUCUUCCGGCCUGCCCUUACCCCUAUCACUGAUUGGUUGUGUCCGUUUAUGGCUGCCGCCCGCUGGGUGUGCCUUGGCCUCAGGGGGUCCCGGUGUGGCCUGAGCCAGACUCAAAGGGGAUGGCCAAACUAGGGGGUGGGUUCAAGCAGCAGUGCAUCCCUCUGUCACCAGAGGGCGCAGGCGCUCCGCAAAUCGCGAUCAGUCAGCUCCCAACUAGGAAACCGUGCAUGUGGUUCUUCUCCGAGGAGACUGAGGUCCACAGACGGGUUACCGCCCCAAGGGCACACCGCAGCCUUGAAUCCGGGGAUUCCGUGAGCUUCCCCGGUACUCGGCUCUGUCUGUGAGGGGAAGAGCUAGGCCUAGAGGACAAGUAGGAGUUUGCGGAGGCGGGGGAGGGAGGGCAGGUGCUGAAGGUUUGGAAAGGAACGUCGGGGCAAAAGCGCUGAGGCGCAGCCGACUGGCAGUGUGUCAGGAGCGGGCUGAUGACUCGGGAGAGAGGCUCUGGGAGGGGUCGAGUAGGGGCUACACCGUGAUUCAUGCACAACCCUCUGAGGUCGGGAAUGAUUUUCUUCUGGCUCUACAAACGUGGGGACUCAGGCUCCAAGUGGUUGUCACUAGCCCGGGUCAGCCAGCUGAGCGGGUUUCAAAUCAGAGGAGGGGGCAGUAGGCGCCCGAGUGGAGGGAGGCCCCAUCCACUUCUUCCUCCCUCCCCCAUUGCACAGGGCGGGGGAAACUGAGGCCCGAGGUAGUUAGUCCUAGGCUCUCAGGGCCUCGAUUGGGGCCUGGCUGUUAACACACCCCUCCAGCUCGGGCUGGACGUGCAUCGAGUCACGUCUGCAAGUGGCGGCCGGUUGAUGAUUAAACCGACGGCAGAAUGCCCUUGCUGGGUGACCUCAGGCCCGAGUCCUCCAGGCCUCAGUUCUUCCUCUUGACCCCCGGAGUCUGAGAGAUACUUGCUCUGUCCCGCAGUUCUUUAGUCUCACCCCAGGGUCCACUAGGGUAAAGGGCAGCGGGUCGCGAGCCGGGGCGUUAUUUUGCUCCACGCGUGGGCGGAGCCACGCCUCUCGGCGCGCCAUUGGCGUAUUCCUCUCCGGGGGCGGGACCUGCGUCUCGCCCCGCCCCUCCCUGCCGUAUAAAUGCGGCGCCGGCGCAGGCAGUAAGGAGUUUCUGGCCUGAUCGGCGAGUGCGCCUGCGCGCGCCUGGUGGGUUCGCGUUCUCAGGCUGCAGCGUCCGCCCCUCGCGCCUCCGCGUCGCGGGUUCGAAGCCAGGGACCGCGCGCCGCGAGUUCGUAUCCCAGCCGCGAUGCUGUUCGAUAAGGUGAAGGCGUUCGUGGUGCAACUGGAUGGUGCGAACGCGGGCGCCGAGCCCGUGUUCAGCGGCGGCCAGGCGGUGGCCGGCCGGGUGCUGCUGGAGCUGGCGGGCCCGGCGCGCGUGGGCGCCCUGAAGCUGCGCGCGCGGGGUCGCGCCCACGUACACUGGACCGAGUCGCGCAGCGCGGGCUCGAGCACCGCGUACACGCAGAGCUACAGCGAGCGCGUAGAGGUUGUGAGCCACCGUGCCACACUACUCGCGCCAGACACCGGAGAGAUGACAACGCUGCCUCCUGGACGCCAUGAGUUCCCAUUCAGCUUCCAGCUGCCACCGACGCUAGUGACUUCAUUUGAAGGCAAACAUGGCAGUGUCCGAUACUGCAUCAAAGCCACCCUGCACCGGCCCUGGGUCCCUGCCCGCCGGGCAAGGAAGGUGUUUACUGUUAUCGAGCCUGUGGACAUCAACACACCGGCUCUGCUGGCCCCUCAAGCAGGAGCUCGGGAGAAGAUCGCCCGAUCCUGGUACAGUAACCGUGGCCUUGUCUCCCUCUCAGCCAAGAUCGACCGCAAGGGCUAUACACCAGGUGAGGUGAUCCCCGUCUUCGCCGAGAUCGACAACGGCUCCACGCGCCCAGUGCUGCCACGGGCGGCCGUGGUCCAGACACAGACCUUCAUGGCGCGAGGUGCCCGCAAACAGAAACGAGCAGUGGUGGCUAGUCUCUCAGGGGAGCCUGUGGGCCCCGGGCGGCGGGCACUGUGGCAGGGCCGGGCGCUGCGGAUCCCUCCUGUGGGUCCUUCUAUUCUGCACUGCCGCGUGCUACAUGUGGACUACACCCUCAAGGUCUGCGUGGACAUCCCGGGCUCAUCCAAGCUGCUCUUGGAGCUGCCGCUGGUCAUCGGCACCAUCCCUCUGCAUCCUUUCGGCAGCCGCUCGUCCAGCGUGGGCAGCCAUGCCAGCUUCCUGCUGGACUGGGGACUGGGGGUCCUGCCAGAGCGACCUGAAGCACCUCCCGAGUACUCAGAUGUGGUGGCCGACGAGGAGGUGGCAGCCAUGGAGCAGAGCCCCUUCCGACUACUGCAGGACCCUGACGUGGGUGUUGAAGGCCCCUUCUUUGCCUACAUCCAGGAGUUCCGCUACCGCCCGCCACCCCUGUACUCCGAGGAGGAUCCAAACCCACCCUCAGAGGCCAUGAGGCCCCGCUGCAUGACCUGCUGAGUGGCAAGUGGAAACUUCAAGGGAUGAGGCUGUACACGUGCUUCCAGCCAGCGUGGACAUGAGUGAGGCGUGGCUGGAUCGAGAGCAGACCAGCCUGACUGCGCUGAAGUUGGGGAAACCGAGUCUCAGAACGGGGCAGGGCCAUUCCAACAUCACACAGAGCAGAGGAAGAGCCAGUCUGGAGUCUGACAUAUCUGGACUGGUUCUCAUAAGGUAUCAAAUGCCCACCGUAAGAUCCGAGAGACUGUUCAACCUGUCUGUGCCAGCCUGUGGUCCCCCAGAAGCCUCCAGUCUGAGAGAGACAGAGCCAGACAUAAAUACUUCCAGGCCCACAGGACCAGAGGAAGGGACCAAGAGCUGGGAGAGUCCAAAGGGGGAGCAGGAAGGCUUCCUGGAGGAAAGGGCAUUUUAGCUGAGGCUUUGGUGCAUGAAUAAGAGCUCAGAGGACAGGCAAGCAAGGGGAAGGAAAAGUCGGAGAAGGUCAGAGCUGAGUGAUGUUUGGAGACUGCCCCCUUCAUCUUAGAACUGGGGCUCAGAGAGCAAGUGCCUCAGUCGAGGCCACACUGCAAGGUCCGGCAGGCGAGAGGGCCCAGGACUGAGGCAUUCAGGGAAGCAGGUCAUCAGAGCUGUGUGGGGCAACAGGGCAACAGGGGCAGCGACUCCAGCCUUUGAAACCUGUGAAAGCCAGAGAUUCCUGGCCCAGGCUAGGCUGCCUGGGGGCCCCUCCACACACUCCAGGACGUGAGAGCUGCCUGGGUAUUGUAUGGCCCGAGAAACCCAGGUUCAGAGUGGGACAGACAAGACCGGCUCCAUCACUUGCAAAAUGAAGAUGUGAGGUCCUUUGUUCAAGAAUUCAGAAUUUCAAGACGGAGACAGCAGAACAUUAAACCAGGCUGCGGGGACAGAGGUCAGCCUGGGGUGACACAACAGGGCCAGUGUGCUUCUUCUGGGCACCCCCUGUGUCCUGGAGGGACAAAACAUAAUGGGGCAGCUGGACAAGCCCCCAAGUGCAGAGUCCCAGCCUGGGCUGAGGCAGGACACUCACCUGGGACUCUGCAUUUCCGUUAAGCCUUAAAUUGUUCUCUUUUGUACAGUUAUUUUUUAAAAAUAAAAGCACGGAGGAAGAGA